GUACCAGUUUUCUUGCCUCUCUUCUUAAGCCCCACGGGCAGUGUUUGAGUUCCCAGGACCAUGACAAACUGCGCGUUUUUGUGGAGAACUUUGUUACGAACUGUCUCAUCCCCUGGGUAGAGUCUACGAUGAAAACUCUCAAUGAAGCUACCUCUCACCGAUUGCGUAAGUCACGCAACAUCUUCUCCGCGACUCGCAAGUUUUUCGCCCACGCUACUGGUUCAAGCACCGCUUCGGUCGCGCCCUCCAUCUCCACCUCACCCUCUCUGGCCACACUGGACGGCAAUUGCGACUGCGCCACUGGUGAUAGGCUAAUGGGCAGCCAAUCAGAUUCUAGUUUUCUCAAAACUGCCGCUGCUGCUUCAUCUUCCGUCUCGCCUAACGCGACCCCAGAAAUGUCAGCGCUCUCAACUUUCCUCCAAGGUUCCGCAAGUCAACGCCAGUAUCCCCAACACCAAAUGGAUGAAGCUAUAAAUGCCUAUCUCUAUCGCUGCAGAAACACUGAACUGGCACUCCGAGCGGUCCUCCUCAACACCGAGGCGCUCAAGUCACGUGACCUCUUUCCAGAGACCGCCGUUUGCUUUUUGCGUCUGUCUGAUGGGCAUGAUUACAUGACCGGUGGACUCCUCCUCGAACAGGCAGCCCAAUGCUGCCUUCGUUUCCGAAAGCCAGCCCUCCGUCAUUAUGCCUUUCGCAUGACUCUCGCAGCCAUGCGCUACGGCCGUGCCAAACAGCCCCAACUAAGCGCGCGCUGUUACUCCCUGGCUCUCAACAUACUCAAGGGUUCUCAAUGGAGUCUCGCCGAGGAUCACUUGAAUGAACAUUUUGCAAAACAGGCUCUCCUUUUGAAUGAUCUGCCUACUGCCUUGUCCUCUUUCCGUAGCCUCGUUACAAUAGAAAGCAAACAGACUGCCUCCAAGCAGUCUUUCUACCUGACGGAAUUUUUGGGCGUCAUGCAGAAAGCCUCACUCGUUUGUCCGGAAAGUGGUCGAAAAGAGCUGCCUGAACUCUGUCUCCCUGUUAUUGACCGGCACCACGUUAAGGUUAUGUUGGGUGCGCCAGUACUCUCUAUAGAAGAUGCACCUGUCAAGGCCCGAGGCAUCCACUUCUCGGAUGAUGAACGGGACGAUGAGGAUGAUCGUCGUCUCUUCCGAACGGUUUCAUCAAACAUAUUUUUCUCUUCACGCAACGCCGUUGCGCCCAGCACCCCACCCUCUUGGAUGUGUUCCGCGGAUCGUUCUGACGACGAAAGGGAUACGAAUUCGGCCGAAAUAGCUUUCGACUUCAACCGGGUGGAGGAUUGCGAGACGCCUGUCUCAAAGGACCCCUUUGUCAACCUCCUCUAUUCUCGUCCUGACUACCGGCUUGCCAGUGGCGCUGUCUACCGGCGCCUUGAGGCCCUGCUAGAGCUGCAUGGUCAGGAGGGCAAACCUUCGUCAAAUCCCUGUCUCGUCUGCUUAAACUACUCGCCGCCUCGGCCACAGAGUCUGCCCAUCGGAGGUAUUUUUGCGGUCACUUUUGGAUGUGGCUAUUUUAAACGUUGUGAAUACUCCUCAUGUAAAAUUCGGGCUGAAACUAUUGCAAAAUACCGAAAUUUGCGAAAGAUAGAUAAUGAUUCGCAAACCGGUAUUAACGCAUGUUUCGAACGCUUUAAAAAUAAUAACGAGCAACGUUAA